CCUUUCUUCUCUAGACUGCAGGCGGAUUUGGGUGCCGGCUAACGACGCACGCUGCAAUCAUGAUGGGGAGACCGGUUCUCGUGCUCAGUCAGAAUAUGAAAAGAGAGUCUGGACGGAAGGUCCAGGUAGGAAACAUCAAUGCAGCCAAGACCAUAGCAGAUGUAAUCAGGACAUGUCUGGGACCAAGAGCCAUGAUGAAGAUGCUGCUGGACCCUAUGGGAGGCAUCGUAAUGACCAAUGACGGCAAUGCCAUCCUGAGAGAGAUCCAGGUUCAGCACCCUGCUGCCAAGUCCAUGAUCGAGAUCAGCCGCACUCAGGACGAGGAGGUCGGAGACGGCACCACCUCCGUCAUUAUCCUGGCUGGAGAGAUGCUGUCAGUGGCGGCGCAUUUUCUGGAGCAGCAGAUGCAUCCCACAGUGGUGAUCAGCGCCUACAGGCAGGCUCUGGACGACAUCCUCAGCAUGCUGAAAGAGAUCAGCACCCCGGUCGACCAAAACGAUCGGGACAUGAUGCUGAAGAUCAUUAACUCGGCCAUCAACACCAAAGCGCUCAGUCGCUGGUCGACCCUGGCGUGUAACAUCGCCCUGGACGCGGUGCGCACCGUGGAGCUGGACGAGAACGGCCGCAAGGAGAUCGACAUCAAGAACUACGCCAAGGUGGAAAAGGUACCCGGCGGGUUCAUCGAAGACUCCCGUGUGCUGAAGGGCGUGAUGAUAAACAAGGACGUGACGCAUCCGCGCAUGCGCCGCCUCAUCAAGAACCCCAGGAUUGUCCUCCUCGACUGCUCCCUGGAGUACAAGAAGGGCGAGAGCCAGACGGAUAUAGAAAUCACUCGUGAGGAAGACUUCGCCAGGAUCCUGCAGAUGGAGGAAGAGUACAUCCAGCAGAUCUGUGAAGACAUCAUCCGCCUCAAGCCCGACCUCAUCUUCACCGAGAAGGGAAUCUCAGAUCUGGCUCAGCACUAUCUUAUGAAAGCCAACAUCACCGCGAUCCGACGCGUCCGCAAGACAGACAACAACCGCAUUGCCAGAGCCUGCGGCGCCCGCAUCGCCAACAGGACGGACGAGCUGCGGGAGGACGAUGUUGGGACGGGAGCCGGUCUGUUCGAGGUGAAGAAGAUCGGCGACGAGUACUUCACCUUCGUCACCGAGUGCAAGGACCCCAAAGCCUGCACCAUCCUGCUGAGAGGAGCCAGCAAAGAGAUCCUGGCGGAGGUGGAGCGUAAUCUCCAGGACGCCAUGCAGGUGUGCCGUAACGUGCUGCUGGAGCCGUGCCUGCUGCCCGGCGGCGGCGCUGUGGAGAUGGCCGUGUCUCACAGGCUGAUCGAACGCUCCAGGGCUUUCACCGGCGUCGAGCAGUGGCCGUACCGCGCCGUGGCUCAGGCCCUCGAGGUCAUCCCCCGCACCCUGGUCCAGAACUGCGGCGCCUCCACCAUCCGUGUGCUCACCUCCCUCAGGGCGAAGCACACUCAGGAGGGCACCACCUCAUGGGGAGUUAAUGGAGAGACGGGCACUCUGGCAGACAUGGCCGAACUGGGCAUCUGGGAGCCGCUGGCUGUCAAAGCCCAAACAUACAAGACCGCGGUAGAGACUGCCAUCCUGCUUCUGCGCAUCGACGACAUCGUGUCCGGCCACAAGAAGAAGGGAGGAGAGGACAAUGCAGGCGGGCAGGGCGCCGAGUAGAGCGAGUAAAUUGUUAAAACGCAGCCGUCGGGACACAAUAUCAACAUGAUGCGCGUCUAGAAUAGCUAACGGUGUUUUCUGAUACUGUCUCCAUCGACCCCAUAAUCUCUGGCUCUUAUUCUCCCGCUAGGUCGUGCUUAUGUAUCGCUGCACUGCUUUUUUUACUCCAUCGUGAGGGAAAAUUAAAAGACUUGUGUUUACAUCUG